CCUUCUUUCUUACGUGACAUGCCGGAAACGUCCGCAUGAUGCAGGCAAUCCAAAAGGCGUGGAUUCCCUGCACUUUUUUUGUCUUGUCGGGAGCAAAAAAAAAAACAUCUGUUUUUCCUUCCACUCAUCAUCGCUGAGCACAGAGACAGGAAAAAUGUCGUUUUAGCACAUUAGCAAGAUGUGCAGCCGGCUCGCUUCUAAUUAUAGCCAGUCUUAUUUCUGCCUAUUGCAUUAUGGAUGCCCGUGGAAGGGGGUUCCUUCCAGAUAGCGUGGGAACGUCUCCGUAGAGGCUGAAUGCAACAUCUCCUCCGCCCGCACCGCAUUCGUCGCGUCGUGGCCGCGGCGUGAGCGCACAACGCGAGGUCGGGAUGUGCCGGAUGUGAAAGCGGGGCGCGAUGCGGGAGUACAAGGUGGUGGUGCUAGGCAGCGGCGGGGUGGGCAAGUCGGCCCUGACCGUGCAGUUCGUCACCGGAACGUUCAUCGAGAAGUACGACCCGACCAUCGAAGACUUCUACCGAAAGGAGAUCGAGGUGGACUCGUCCCCGUCGGUGCUGGAGAUCCUCGACACGGCCGGCACCGAGCAGUUUGCCUCCAUGCGGGACCUUUACAUCAGGAACGGCCAGGGCUUCAUCCUGGUCUACAGUCUGGUCAACCAGCAGAGCUUUCAGGACAUCAAGCCCAUGAGAGACCAGAUUAUCAGGGUCAAGAGGUACCAGCAGGUGCCGGUGGUGCUGGUGGGAAACAAGGUGGACCUGGAGGACGAAAGGGAGGUGUCGCCCAGCGAGGGCCAGGCACUGGCGGAAGACUGGGGCUGCCCCUUCAUGGAGACCUCCGCCAAGAGCAAGACAAUGGUGGACGAGCUUUUCACUGAGAUUGUGCGGCAGAUGGAUUUUUGCCCACUGCCCGACCGCCGAGAGGCAUGCUGCCCCGCCUGCAGUGUACAGUAGCAGCCCGUCGGCCUGCCGCCGGGGCCUCCGGGCUGAUGGAUCCGAAGAUGCGAACAAAGGCAAUUCAAAUCACGUUGAUCGAUUGAAGUUGGAGAGGACUCAAGGAAGAAUCUUGCUGUUGCCAUUCCUUUUUCCCAUGUAAGGAAUGCACUUUGGCUGAGAGGCAUGCUGGGAAAUGUAGGAAAGCACCCAGCGAGGCUGACAAGUGAGAUGAAAUCUAAUCCCUCUAGCACGGGGUGGAUUUCCCUUUGAACUCGCACAUCCAUCGCCCCCCUCCUGCUAAACAGCCAAUUUCAGGGGCUUUCCCCAAAGGCGGCGCCGUGCCAAAGCCACCUUAAAAGCCA